GACAUAUAUGCGGACGCAGCGCGUACGCACGUCUCUAGUUCUUCUCUAAGCGGCUAGCGUCGACAGCGGCCGCAGCGAUCAGCCUGCAAACCGAUAUGGCACAACAGCCGCCCCCACCACCCGAGCGUAAGCGCCUCCCCACGGCACAAGAGCUCAGCGCAUUGCAAAAAGACACUGAUCAAUGCCGCACGAUCUGCGUCAUCGGCCACGUCGACCACGGCAAGAGCUCUUUGGUAGAUUGGCUCCUGGCCGACGGCGGCGCGAUGCCGCCGCGGCUCGCGGGCACACUACGGCUCAUGGACGACCUGCCGGACGAGCAGGAGCGCGGCAUCACGUUGCGGGCCUCGGCCGUGUCGCUGCGAUGCCCUUCUCCAUUGAAAACGUCGACCAAGGACUUUCUUUUGACGAUCAUCGACUCGCCGGGCCACGUCGACUUCGCGCAUGAUGCCUGUGCCGCUUGUAGGUUAUCUGAUGGUUGUUUAGUGGUCGUGGACGCCGUCGAGGGCGUGCGCGUCCAGACUCGAGGUGCUUUAAGGGCGGCCUGUGCCGAAAGGUUGAAGCCUCUUUUGGUCGUAAACAAACUCGACCGGUUAAGGCACCACGAGCCCUCGGAAGCGUUUGCGGCGUUGCGGCGCAUCGUCGAGGCGGCAAACGCUGCUUUACAUGAGGCCUGUGCGGUGAACGCUUGUAGUCCUACAUAUGAGGAGUCGAGUACCUUUUCUUAUCAAUCAAUCAUCUUCGCCUCGGCGAAGGACGGCUGGGCUUUUGGUUUAAGGGAGCUCGCGAAGGUGCUGCGGCCGGCGUUCGGUAAUGCGCCUAUUACGGCGAUCGAGCGCGUCUUAUUUGACGACGUAACUGUUGAUGAUGGGAAAGUAAAAAAACUCAGGACGCCCUGCUCAAGUGACGCGGCCUUUGCCACACUCGUCCUUUCACCGUUAUUCAAGCUGCUUGAUGGAGAUGACGUGUUGAGCGAGCCCCUCCUCGCGGGCGCCUCCACAACAGCGAAAAAGAAGGAGGAUAAAGCUCUCGCUCUUCUACGGAGGCGCUUCCCGCUCGCGCGCGCGGUCCAGCGCUGCGUCGUGACGCAAGUGCCUCCACCGAUCACUGCUCUACGGGAUCACGUCAUGUUCCCUCAUAGUUUUGAUGAAGAUGGCCCUGCACUGGCGUACUGCGCCAAGUUCUUCGAGAAUUCUGGUUGUGUAUAUGGCGCGUGUCGGGUGUUGCGAGGGGUGCUGCGCGUCGGCGAGCUCAUAACUGUGGAUGGAGUUGAGGUACAGAUAGACGCGCUGUACGCGAUGAUGGGCUCGGACUUACUGUCGAUAGACGAGGCGCCGCGCGGCUCUAUCAUAGCGUUGGGGCCCGCGCUGUCUUCGGCUUUCGCGGGCAAACGCGGCGCGCUCGGCGCCGAUGAAAUAAAUCCACCAAAGGCAGCAGACGUCUUUCCGUUGGUGCGGGUGGCGGUGUCUUCACAACGGCGCGCCGACGCGGAGGUCGUCGAGAAUGCGCUUGAAAAAAUAAGGCGCUUGGACGCGGCCGCGACGAUCUCGAGGGAAGGGGGCCAGACGAUCCUAGGCUGCGUCGGCGAGCUUCAUUUAGAUCAGGUGCUGCGCGAUUUGCGGCGGGCCGUGGGCGUCGAGGUCGUUGUGGGCGAGCCGAUCGUGGGGAUCCGCGAGGGUGUUGUUUCUGAAAAGACGGGAGAGGCCGUGGUGCCGCCGCCGUGGAGCCGCGAGCUCGAGGAGGACGACGAGGACGAGGAUGUAGUGGUGGAGGUGGAAGCCAUGGAUGAACGGGUCGAGGAAGGUCGGUUCGCGCGGCGCGGCAAUUUGCUGAAGAUUGUGGAGGGCGACGAGCAGGCGUGCGUCGAGGGCUUCAACCGGGCCUGCGACGCGGGGCCCUUGGCCGAGGAGCCUUUGCAUGGCGUCCGCGUGACCAUUAUCAAAGCGAGUGGCGAGGAUCAAGAGGCGCUCGCCUCGAAGGUGCGCCGCCGGAUCCGCCAGGCCAUCUUGAGGCGGGGCGCGCGCGUCUGGGAGCCCUUGGUCGAGGGCGACGUCCUCUGUUCCCAGAAUGCGCUGGGGAAGCUCCACGGUUUACUGAGCAAACGACGAGGGACGAUACGGGAGGAGGACGUCAUUUCCAACGAGCUCUGGUGCCUGCGGGCCCAGCUCCCGGCGGCGAGCGCGUUGGGCUUCGGCGAGGCCCUUUUGGAGUGGACGUCCGGCGGCGCCUCCGUGCCCCAACUAAUACCGGCGGGCUUCCAGCUGCUCGACGAGGACCCCUUCUGGGCGCCGACCACCGAGGACGAGCGCGAGGAGCACGGCGAUUUUGGGGGAGACGUCUUCGCGUCGUCGAACGUCGCGCGCGCUCUGGUAAAUGCCGUGCGGCGGCGCAAGGGCCUCGCGUCCGACGAGCGCGUCCUGCGCGCCAAGGCCGAGGCCCAGAAGAGCAACCAGCGGAUCCGGGCCUGACUUUUGUGUCCCUUUCCCUUGCGUUUGAGCGCGCGACGCGUGCUCUCGGGCAGCAUGCAUGUGUUAUCGUGUCGGCCCCACGUGUCGGCGCGAUGGCAUCACGUACAGACCGGUACGCCAUCGAUGCGACGCCACACGCGACACUGCGUCUGCUCGAUGGCGUGGUGGUGUGAACCUCGGCGGAGGUCCGGGAGUCGAGACGGCCACACCACGCCAUCGACGCGACAUUCUGAAGGCACUGUUGUUGUGUGCUAGUAACUACUCAUGUGAUCC